AUGGCUACCGAAGGCAUACAGUUCCCUCUUUCACGGGACUUUGCCAGUCCCUCUAACGCCCCGACACAUGCUCGUCCAUCCUCAUCCUCUUCAGAUACCACAACCCUCAAUGGCGAAAAACCAAUGCCUCUCCAUCGCGCACCGACGGCCGAAGACAUGGUCAAUCUUCCUAUCCGCACACUCUCCAACAACGCCAAUCUCGACGAAUACACACAAGAAACCAUAUCGGGGCAGAUGGUCCGCGAGGUUCGAUCCAACGCCGGCAAGGUUGAGAAGUACGACCUGGUUACGUUUACCAUUGACGACAAGGAGAACCCUAAGAAUUGGAGCAAGGCAUAUAAGUGGUGGUGUACCAUGUGUGUCGCAGUGACAUGCUUUGCCGUGGCUUUCAACUCUGCAGUCAUCACGGCGGAUCUGGAGGGUGUGAGCGCAGAGUUUGGGGUUAGCGAGGAGGUGUCGCUAUUGACCAUAACGCUUUUCGUGGUCGGAUUCGGUGUCGGACCAAUGGCUUUUGCUCCCGCGUCAGAGAUCUGGGGAAGGAGACCAGUAUAUGGUGUUACACUUGCUUUGGCUGUCAUCUUCACUAUUCCAGGAGCGGUCGCGCAGAAUAUUGGCACACUGCUGGUAACACGCUUUAUCGCUGGUGUAGCGUUCUCGGCACCCAUGACGCUUGUAGGAGGAACACUAGCCGAUAUGUGGAGGAAUGAGGAGAGAGGUGUCCCAAUGGCAGCCUUUAGCGCCGCACCGUUCAUCGGCCCUGGUGUCGGACCUUUGGUUGGCGGCUACCUCAGUCAAGCUGGUGGCUGGCGCUGGCUUUACUGGAUUCAGCUUAUCCUUUCUGCCAUUGUCUGGAUUCUCAUCACAUUUACUGUACCGGAGACUUAUGCGCCUAAGAUCCUGGCAAAGAGAGCGAAGAAGAUGCGCAAGGAGACGGGCGACGACAAGUUCGUCACGGAACAAGAUCUCGAUAUGCGACCUUUCAGCCAACGCCUCCAGCUCUUCCUCUUGCGGCCAUUCCAGCUGCUCUUCCGCGAGCUCAUCGUCUUCCUGAUCUCGGUGUACAUGUCCGUUCUGUACGGUCUUCUAUACAUGUUUUUCGUCGCAUACCCGAUUGUCUACCAGAAAGGCAAGGGCUGGAGCGCAGGAUCAACAGGUCUCAUGUUCAUCCCACUCAUCUGCGGUGUGCUGCUCUCUGCUGCCUGCGCGCCGCUCGUCAACAAGCACUACAUGAAGUUAUCGGAAAAACACAAUGGUCACCCGCCAGCCGAAGCGCGUCUGAUCCCCAUGAUGUUCUCAUGCUGGUUCAUUCCCAUUGGAGUCUUCAUCUUCGCAUGGACCAGCCAGAAAGAGACACACUGGGCAGGACCUGCAUUUGGAGGUGGCUCUGUAGGCUUCGGUUUCAUCUUCCUGUAUAACUCAGCCAAUAACUAUCUCGUCGACUCGUAUCAGCACCAGGCUGCGUCAGCUCUAGCGGCGAAGACGUUCUUGCGUAGCUUCUGGGGAGCAGGCGCUGUCUUGUUUACGAAUCAGAUGUACGACCGUCUGGGCGAUCAGUGGGCCAGUUCACUCCUUGCCUUUAUCGGUCUUGCUUGUUGCGCAAUUCCUUUCGUCUUUUACGUUUACGGUGCAAGGAUCCGGGCGCGCUCCCAUUACGCAUACAGUGCGGAGACGGAGAACAAGGAAGAGAAGCAGGGAGCAUACUGGAGGGCUGAUGGACACCCUGGCGCAGAGUGGGGCUCCAGCGAGCGGAAAGGCCGACUCAAGUCGACACUCCACCAGCGCGACUAUCCGGCCCAGACAAGACCUCUGACGACUUUCCCCCGAGCUUCGACCAUGGACGAGCUUAAGGACCAGCACAACCCCAACGCGCCAAAUGGGUUCAUGCAAGACACGCCGCCACGAGCCGACGUGGACGAGAUCCUGAGACGCAAGCGGAAGGCGCGAGAGUACAAGGCCUGCUACCCGUGUCGCCAGCGCAAGGUCAAAUGCGACCAGAACGUGCCGUGCAAGACAUGCGUCGUCCGCGAACACCCCGAGCUGUGUACCUACCACCCGCCCAGCGAGUCGCAUCCGCCUGCGAAACGAAUCAACCUCGGGCUCGGCCAGAACAACGGCCAUGACUUCUCCAAUGGCAUCGUCCACAUCCACGGCGGCACCGUCACCCUGCCCCGCGAGGACUGGGAACGCAUCUGCGGCAAGCUGCAGCAGGCGGAAAAGUCGCUCAGCGACUUGAAGAACGCCGUCGGCAGCGUCGCAGAGAUACCGCCCCCGACCAACGGCUUCUCUCCGGCCGACGCAUCUGGAAACACGCCUCUGGCAGCAGCAGCGCCCAUGGACGGCGAGCAGAGCCACGUCCGGACCCAAGGCAUACAUACGCGCAACGACAUCACCGGCCAAACCAUACACAUCGGUCCCAGCUCAGUACCAGCGCUCGUCAUGGCACUAGGGAGAGGAGAUACACAGUGGGCACCGGGCGUGCAAGAUCUCCUGGGCAAGAAGAGCAUGCUACCAAUUUUUGGCCUGGACAAUGAGAGCGCUACAUAUCCCUUUGUCGAUCUUUGGGGACUGCCGCAUGGAUCCAUAGCGCGCGCUCAAGAGCUUGCCAAUGCGUUACCGAGUGAUUCCGAAUGCCUCAGUUUCUUUCGAAGCUAUCGCGAGACCGCACAUGCCGUAUACCCCGCCGUUGCCGACAUCGAGGCCAUCGAAUCCGAUCUUCUGCUCUUCUUGAUCAACCGCGCAAGUGCACAAGGCACCAACGGCAUCACAGAUCAGCAGAUAUAUGGCAAAGACUUCCAUUGGAUAGGCAUGGUCUUUGCCAUACUGGCUUCCGGUUGUCAAUGCUCGAGUCUGUCGCGAAGGGAGAGGGAGCUUACAUCUCAGGUUUACGUCUGUUGCAGCUUCGAAUGUUUACGAUUCACAAACUUUCUAUCGCAUGCGACCAUCGAGAACAUACAAACUCUCUUGAUCCUCGGAAACGUCAUCUCGAAUAACAUGAAUGCUGGAGUCGCUUGGAGUUUGAUGGGUUUGACAGUGCGCCUUUCGCAGACACUAGGACUACACCGACAAUGUCCCCCUUCCACCCCGGUGCAGCAGAGAGUCAUUCGAAGCAAGACAUGGUGGGCGCUUCUUUGGCAGGACUCACUGCUGUCUGUCUCGUACGACAGAGCCUCGUCGACGACCACCAUUGAUCAUACUGUACCCAUGAGCCAGCAUACAGCACCGGGGACAAGGACAUAUGUCGAGAGCAUGUACAGACUUUGUAAAGUAGGGCUGGAUAUAGUGCGUGAGCGCCAGAGGCCACAGAACUCGCAUGACGCCCUAAUACGCAUCACUGAACACCGCAACGAACUCCAAGAAAUCAUGAUAGAUGCUGCAGACUAUCUCAAAGACUCUAGGAGAUGCCGGUCUAUGCGCGAUCAGCUCGAACACUGGGCGCUAUACCUGCACAUAUCGUACGUCACAUCUGAGCUCUGUCGACCAGCCAUCAGUCCAGCCACUGUCAACCUCGAUCUCUCCAAGACUCUGCGCAAGACAUGCAUCGACAGCCUUACAAACACUGUCGAAGCCUUUCUCGGUCUGCAAAACAUGACGCCGUUCGCAACUCGUUCCUGGUCCGCUGUGCAUCGUUCCCUGAGUUCUGCUCUGCUCCUCGGUAUUCUUGGCGAACACAACCGCAACGAACGAGCGCGCAGUUUGUUGCAGAACGUGAUCCAAGUCCUUACGGAUGUCACAAAGGACGUCGACCCCGCGGAGCUUGCCACGCCCAUUACACGGUCUGUCUCGGCUUUGGAGCGGCUGCUGAGGAUCACCACAACACACAACCGGAAGGCGAGUGAAGCGGGCUCACAGGCUUCCCCCACGAUGCACGUCUUUACUGCACAGGACAUCAACAACGCCCUCAACGGGGACGCUGAGAACAUGUUCUCGCAAUCACCACUGCUCGGACUGGACCUUGACUCCUCACCGUAUGCACUUAUGGAGAGCAUCGUGUGGGGUGCGCAGAAAUCGCCGUGA